AUGGAGUCGCCAGAUUCAAUCGUCAUCGACUACUCGGAGUACGCUUUCAAGUGGUACGUGAUCCUCACCGUGGCCACCGUCGCCUACUUUGCCGUGCAACAAGUCUACAGCCGCCGGCUCCAGCGUAAGUUGCGGGCGACGGCGCCCACGGUGCGGUUGCUGGACGGGUGGUUCGGCUUCCGCAACCUCUACGCGAUGGUGGUGGAGAAACGGGUGUACCAGAUGGUGUUCUGGUUGCAGCAGCAGGUGGGGUCCGUCGACGGCGUCGGCACCGUCGAGACGUGGUUGGCGGGGAACCCCGUGAUCAUCACCAAGGACCCCGAGAACUUUAAGGCGCUUUUCGCCACCCAGUUUGACGACUUUGGCCUCGCCGGCCGCUACGCCGGGUUCAAGCCGUUUUUGGGCGAGCUGGUGUUCACGAUGGACGGGCCCAAGUGGAAACACUUGCGGGCGUUGCUUCGCCCCCAGUUUACCAAGGAACAAGUGGGCCACGUCCAGGCGCUCGAGCCCCACAUCCAGACGUUGGUGGCGCUUAUCCGCGAGACCGAGGGCGAGCCGUUUGAGGCGAUGAACUACUUUAUGAAGUUCACCCAGGACACCGCCACCGAGUUCUUAUUUGGCGAGCUGUUUUUCUCGCAGCUUGACGGGCGCCCCGGGGGGAAACCCGACCUGUUUAAACAGCAGCGGAUGCGGUUCAACGACCUGGUGCUCACGGCGAUGAAGUUCUCGACGUUGCGGGUGGUGUUGUCGAAAGUGGCGUGGCUCGUCACCCCGCGCCGCUACCGCGACGCCUGUGAUGAAAUCAAACGGUUUACCGAUAUCCACGUCGCUCGCGCCCUCGCCUAUAGCGACGACGACCUCGACCAGUUGACCCAACACAGCUACACCAUUUUGUAUGAGUUUGCCAAAGUGACGAAGGACGCCGUCGUCAUCCGCGACCAGCUCCUCUCGAUGCUUUUGGCCGGGCGAGACACCACGAUGAGCACCCUCCUGUUCCUCUGGUACGAGAUCACCCGCAACCCCCAGGUGUACGCCCGCCUCCGCGACGAUAUCGCCGCCCAUUUCGGCGUCGGCGACGACGCCCGCGUCGACGAAAUCACCUUCGAACUGCUCAAGCGGUGCGAGUACCUCAAGGCGGUGAUCAACGAGACGAUGCGGAUGUGGCCGGUGGUGCCCACCAACACCCGCGAGGCGACCCGCGACACGACGUUGCCUCGCGGGGGCGGCGUCGACGGCCAGCUGGCGAUGGUGGUGCGCAAGCACCAGGGGAUCGUCAUCCUGGUGUACCUGACCCACCACGACCCGGCGGUGUUUGGCCCUGAUCCCGACAGCUUCCGCCCCGAGCGGUGGUUCGACCCCGACACCCGCAAGUUGGCGUGGGCGUUUGUCCCGUUCGGCGGCGGCCCCCGCGUGUGCUUGGGCCAGCAGUUUGCCGUGACCGAGGUCGCCUACGUCACCACCCGCCUCGUCCAGGAGUUUGCCCACGUCGCCAACGCCGACACCAAGUACCCCCCGGACGUCGAGGCGCACAUGGGGAUGGUGUUGAAGGACAAGUGCCGGCUCCGGAUGUGGUGA